AUGAGUCGCCACGGGGACUAUGAGGCGGUCCGCAAGGAUAUCGCUGCUCAACUGCAGAAGCCUGGAUACGACGAUGGUAGUGCAGGCCCAGUCUUUGUCCGGUUGGCAUGGCACUCCUCGGGUACCUAUGACCUCGAAUCCGACACCGGCGGCUCGAACGGCGCCGGCAUGCGCUAUGAAGCAGAGGGUGGCGACCCGGCCAACGCUGGUCUGCAACACGGCCGGGCAUUCCUAGAGCCGAUUAAGGAGAAGCACCCGUGGAUCACAUAUUCGGACCUCUGGACACUGGCAGGUGUCGUCGCGAUCAAGGAGUUGGGUGGACCUGACAUCCCGUGGCAGGGCGGGCGGACAGACCUGGUGGAUGACUCCAAGGUACCGCCCCGGGGCCGGUUGCCCGACGGGGCCCUGGGCGCCGAUCACCUGCGAUUCAUAUUCAACCGUAUGGGCUUCAACGACCAGGAGAUCGUUGCAUUGACCGGUGGCCACAACCUCGGCCGGUGCCACGGCGACCGCAGUGGCUUCGAGGGACCGUGGGUGACGAACCCAACCCGGUUCUCCAACUCGUUCUUCAAAUUGCUGCUGCAGCUGGACUGGAAGCCCCGUAAGCUGGCGACGGGCAUGACCCAGUUCGUGUAUGAAGACCCUGAUGCCGAGGAGGAUGAUGAGCCGCUCAUGAUGCUGCCAACCGACAUGGCGCUGAAGACAGACCCGGCUUUUGCGCCCUGGGUGCAGCGCUAUGCCGAAGACAAGGAGUUGUUCUUCGAUCACUUUGCCAAGGUUUUUGCGAAACUGGUUGAGUUGGGUAUCCAGCGUGACGCGCAGGGUAAUGUGCUCAACUCUGACAACCAGUUGGGGGGUUAUGUGUCCGCCCCCAAGAAGAGCAACGUGGCCACGGGCCCAAGCAAGGCCAAGCGUGAGCCUCGUGCUCGUCUGUAA